AUGAAUUAAUUAUUAAAGACUUCUUCCGAUUUAGAUUCAAUUAAUAGUGAAUUCAAUAUUAUUAUUGAUAAGAUUUCAAAUGGAAUUCAUUUAAAUGAUGAACACAUAGAAGAUGAUUUGAAAGUAUUACUAGAAAAAUUAGAUAAUGAAAAUAAGAAAGAAAAAAUCUUAUUCUUACAUAAAAAUUUCCCAAAAGCCUCAUUUCUAAACCUGCCUUAUUUUAGACAAAUAAAUAUAAACCAAAAUAACACAUAAGAAUAAAUUGACGGUUACAAAUAGAUGUAUUAAGAUAAUUUAAAUGAAAAAUAAUUUGAUUUAAUUCUUUAGGAAUUAAAAAAUGAGCAAUAUUGCAAAUAGAAUUUGAUACCUUUUUAGAUUAAAGAUUAUCUUAUUCCUCUUAAAUAAUUAAAAAAUAACAUUCAUUUAAUUUUUGAACUUAUAGAAAUAGUAAAAGAUAAGACUUAAUACAAUUUUUUUUCCAUUUAAUACAGCUUAUUAAAUUGUUCUUUCUUGAAUGUGAUAAUGAAAUAAAAGGAUAAAUUCAUUAAUUAGUAGGUUGUCUUUUAGAAAAUUAAAUAUAUAAAUUUGAAAAUUAUAUUUAAGAGGCUAUGA